UAAUUGUUCAUAAUUUGUUAAGCUAGACAAUCCCUAACGCACAAUUCCCAUGGCAAGCGAUUUUGUAACCUCUGACGCCUUCGGUGACUUCUUCUUCUUGGGGGCAGUCAACCAACCAUGCAAGCAAAGUAUCGCGCAGAGCUCGCCUACGAGCCCAUGUGGCAAUUCCACCGCUGUCUUCACGUUUCCAGUACGCAGGAGGGAUUCAUCGUCCAACAAACAGCUGCAUAAUGUGUCAACUGUGGAAGUUAACUGCAGCCUCUCUGCGCCCCCUGCCGCCGACGCAACCGCGACCCUUUUCCUGACUGCUCUGCAAGAUGCUGACAGCGACUGCAAGCAAGUUUCGGAUACGGACGAUGUGAACGCUUCCAGCGCAUGUCGCACCCACGACAAGAUUGGCGGGCCUCCUAACGAACGGGGUUACGGACGGUCCAGCUCGUUGGACACAGGUAACACACAGUCGAACCGGGAUCAGUGCCAUGCAGACGGCUGCGUAAGACCCGCCAACACGGUCUCAGCAUACGAGGACCAGGACUUGCAUUUGACCUGCAUGACGACGCGCCGCAGCGGCAGUGUCGGGGGAAGCGGCGGCGGUGCCGGUCCCCACUUAAAUAACCACCAUCACAACGGCUGGCAUAGCACCGAGUGGUGGCGCAGCUUUAGCAGCUCACGCCUGAACGAGAUGGCCACGGAGGAGCCGGACAAGCGCUCGCCCGAAAUGCUCCGGGUUCCUUACGUGGGAGGCGCAGAGCCAAUGUGUACAUUGGUACAUGGUGACAAGGGCGAGUCGCAGUGA